CACCACACAGAUUUCAUUCAUAAAAUUCCAGCUCACUAUAAAAGGCGGGCCUCUCCACUAUCUGCACAGUGCCAUUUAUGAACCCGGCAAAUGGAAUAUAAGUAAGGGGUUAAGGAAUCAGUUUUCUACUUAGAUUAGAUAGACUAUUCUAUCUUUUUAUGCAGUGAUUUUAGACGAGAGGAACAUGCAUCCAGACUCCAGCACUGAGUUCGACUCAUCGUCCAGCUGUAGCACAGCAUCGCCUGGCGGGGACACCCCUGGGUGCAGCCAGCAUCCUCCUGACUCGCUUUCAUCAUCAGUGGACAGCGCCAAGGAUACUGAGAUCAGUGCAGCAGACUCCUUUGUUCCGACCGUGACUGCAAUCUCAACCUCGCCGGAUCUAAGGUGGAUGGUGCAGCCGACAGUCAUCACAUCUGUCUCCCCGUCGUCCCGCCGUGCAAAAAACAAAACUCAGUCGUCUUCCGCGGCAAACAAGGCAAAGCCCUCCAACAGGAAAGGGCUGAAAGAAAAGGCUUCCAAAGAGGAGGAAGAAAGGAGGAGGAUCAGGAGAGAGAGGAACAAGAUUGCUGCAGCAAAGUGUCGUAACAGACGGAGGGAGCUGAUAGACACUCUGCAAGCUGAAACUGACAAGCUCGAAGAUGAGAAGUCUGCGCUCCAGACGGAGAUAGCUGACCUGCUGAGGGAGAAGGAGAGACUGGAACAGGUCUUAGUCUCCCACAAACCAUCCUGCAAACUUCCUGUAAAUGACAAUGAUGAUGAUGAUAAUGAUGAGGAGCAGGAUAAUAAUGAAGAUGAUGUUAACACAAUGCUGCAGGAUCCUCCGGCCUCCCCACAGCUGCUGUCCAUGUUAGAGAAUGGAAAACCCCCAGAGAGCAACACAACCAUCGGAGAAGCCUCUAUUGGUCAAGACAUGGACACUGUCCCAUGCAUCCCUGCUGCAGCCAUUUUGGGGAACUCCAACAUCCUCCUGUGUUCGAGUGCAGAAGAGGAGGCUCUGGAGGACUUGAAAGGAGAUGACCUGGAUGACUUGGUGCCCAGCCUAGAGAUGGCAGUGAGUCCAGAGAUGGCUGCAUCUGUCCCUGACAUAGACCUGAGCAGCCCCUUCUGCCUCUCAGACUGGGAAACCCUGUACAAGUCAGUGGCAAACGACCUCGAAUCGUUGAGCACACCAGUCAUGUCUUCCAGUCCAACUUGUAGCAAUUACCGCACAGUGUUUUCCUUUAAUUACUCUGAGAUUGAUUCCUUGGAUGAGGGUUUCGAGAGCCUCAAAGGCAGCCUCGGUGCAUCUGAGUUAAUGAAAGAUCUUAACUCUCCAACACUUCUGGCCUUGUGAAUGCAAAGAAGUUAUGCAAUGAUACUGUAAUUGUAUUCUAACCAGCCAGCAAGCUAUGAUCUCUCUCUUAAAAACAAUGUUUUGUAGUGUGAGUUUUGAUGUUGUGUGAAUCUAAACAUCAAAGGUUGUGUACAUGACAUGUUUUCUGUGACUGUAACCGGGUUGACUUCUUUCAUACUGCUGGUGCGAUUCUCUGAGGUGAGACUUUGCGCCGGGGACAAAAAUGCAUGCAAAUACAAGUCAUCCGUAAUCCAAGAAGAGGUGGUAUCUAGUGUUUUUAAAUGUCAUGUGAAGUUAGAUCAUGCUCAAUAGCAUAAUGUGUGUGUAAUACUGUUGACAAAGUUGUAUUGUAACAAGUGAAAAUAGCAGGGUUACUAAUGUGUAGUGUAUAGGUGUCACAUCUUGCUGUAAGGUGUCCCCUAACAUGACAUUUCCUUUCAAGUUUUUCCAUAAUAAAAAAAGAUCAUGUCAUGUAUUUUAUCAAGAUGUAUUUUAUGACAUAGUUUAUUUUUUUACUUAUCAAAAAUGAUCAGAUGCAAAAAUUGUAUAACGCUGGAAAUAAAAUAAGACAACCACAAACGA